AUGGUAACAUCGAGGCGGAUCGGGACUUUGGAGAUCCCCGCAUCUGCACCUCUUAUCUGCCCUGGUAGACCAACAAAGGCUGCAGAUAUUCGUCUUCUACCCCUCAUUUCCCUUUCAUCCUUCAUCCUCUUCGCAUCGUUCCUUCCUUCAAAGAACUAUCCAGGCCUGAAAAAGACUGCCAACAUGUCCGACCCAUUAAUCGUCGACAUCCAUACACAUGUCUACCCUCCCGCAUACAUCGAUAUGCUCCGCGCCCGUAACAAGGUGCCCUAUAUCCACGACCCAUCGGACAGCGGCCCACCCCGUCUAAUCAUCCUCUCAUCGGACGAUGACUCAAAUAUCCCACUCGAUCAGCGCGGCCGACCAGUCGAUUCAUCAUACUCCGACAUCAAGGUCAAGCUCGACUUCAUGGACAAACACGGCAUCGAUUGCAGCGUUAUCUCCCUCGCCAAUCCAUGGCUAGACUUUAUCGGCGAAGAACAAGCCUCGGAAUGGGCUCAAAAGAUCAAUGAUGACCUGGAAUCUACCUGUGCACAGGUCAAUGGUGCCGCUGCCAGCUCAAACAAGAUCUCUCGUCUCUUUGCGUUCGGCACUCUACCACUAGGUGCGACGGAGCAGGUCGCCGUUGCGGAUGAAGUGCAUCGAAUCAGUACGCUCCCGCAUAUCCGCGGAGUCAUCAUGGGCACGACCGGGCGAGGACAUGGUCUGGAUGACCCCGAGUUGGAAGCGGUAUGGGGAGCUCUCCAAGACACCCAGCUCAUGCUCUUCUUGCAUCCGCACUAUGGCUUGCCGGACGAGGCAUUCGGGGGACCUGAAAUUGUUCGUCGCUAUGGACAUGUUCUCCCGUUGGCGCUGGGGUUCCCGCUGGAGACUACCAUUGCCAUUACGCGUAUGUAUCUAAGUGGAGUGUUUGAUCGAUUCCCCAAGCUUCGGAUCUUGUUGGCUCAUUCGGGUGGUACGCUGCCAUUCCUCGCGGGGAGGAUUGAGAGUUGUAUUGUGCAUGAGCGGAUUUUUACAGUGAAUGGGGGCAGUAUUCCUGGCCCACAACGGGAUAUUUGGGAUGUGUUGAAGACCAAUAUUUAUCUAGAUGCUGUGACUUAUGGGACUGCGGGAUUGAAGGCAGCCGUGGAGGCUGGUGGGGGAAGCACAGAUCGUCUGUUGUUUGGUACUGAUCAUCCAUUCUUCCCGCCUCUGAAUGAGGAAGAAGACCAAUGGACCAGUGUGACUACCAACUACAAGGCCAUUAGUGCGUCAUUUGGGGAGGAUCAAGAUGCCGUGGCAGCAGUACUGGGAGGAAACGCUGUUCGCCUUCUCAAUUUGAAAUAA